UUCAGGUAGAGACGAACAGAGAAAGAGGAUCAAGUCAAAGUGGAGAAACUUUUCCUUCAGUUAACUUGAUUUAUUAUGUUAUCUCUUAAUUUUGUUUAAUUUUCGCUUCUAAUUUUUAAAGUUGAAACAAUUUAUUCAUGUGGUUAUGAAUUUAUUCGUUAAUUUUGUCUGGAUUACACUGAUUGUGGUGUUUACCAAUGGAUUACCUGUUGAAUCAACUGAACCUGGUCCAACAACUUAUUUUGUUUUAGCUUCAAGCAUAAUAAGACCAGGCCAAGUUUACAAAGUGAUCGCCACUGUUUAUGAAACAACCAAUUCACUUGUCACUGUACGAGCUUCAAUUCUUAAGGAUGGGGUUGAAUUAGACUCCACUCAGGAUGAUUGUUCAUCGGGUAUACCAGAGGAAUUAUUACUUCGUAUUCCAGUGAAAAUAAAUUCUGAUGGACAGUUUAAGCUUCGUGUUGAGGGUAAUAUCAAAGGUGUUUUGGAGGGAACAGCUUUCCUGGAGGAAAGAAAUCUAACCUUCUAUCAGCGAUCUAUGACUAUUUUUAUAACAACUGACAAGCCCAUUUACAUGCAAGGUCAAACUGUUAAGUUCCGUUUUGUACCAAUCACAACCGAUUUGAAAACCUUUUCCGAUGCCGUUGAUGUUUACAUGAUAGAUCCAAAUGGAAAUAUUGUCAAACGAUGGCUUUCACGGCAAAGUAACCAAGGAGCUGUUAGUCUAGAGCAUCCGUUGUCAAUGCAACCGAUCUAUGGUAACUGGUCUAUAAAGGUUGUUGCACAGGGACAAGAAGAGACGAAGCAAUUUCUUGUCGAAGAAUAUUAUCAGACACGUUUCGAGGUGAACGUAUCGAUGCCUGCGUUUUUCCUGAGCACCGAUGAGUACAUUUAUGGAUCGGUUAUGGCAAAUUUCACAAGCGGUGUACCGGUAACGGGUAAUUUAACAAUCCUGGUAACUGUUGAUCAAUCUCGAGGUCCAGGAUCAGGACCCAAGCUUCCUGGAAUCGAGGAGUCAAUUAAAUAUUUCGAGGGUUACCACGAGUUUCGAUUUAAAAUGUCCCAAUUAUCACAAAUGAUUGGUGGUAACUCUCUUGACGGUGCCAAAGUAACUGUUCAUGCUUCUGUGGGUGAAUAUUUCCUUAAUCUAAUCCACCGAGGGUAUUCAAGAGCAUACAUAUUUGGAUCAAAAAUUAAACUCUCAUUUUUAGGAUCAAGUCCCCAAGUUUUCAAGCCUCAAAUGCCGGUUAAAACUUAUCUUGCCGUCUCUUACCAAGACGGUUCACCAUUACUAGAAUCUCGAGAGAUUCAGGAAAAAAUUAACGUGACAAUUAAAUUUUUUAAUCAACAAAGUCUUUUCUAUACAACAACUCGAACCUAUUCAAUGUCAACCCAAUAUCGAGGUAUAUGGGAGAUCUCAUUUGAUCCUAAACUUGAAUUGAAAGGUUCACGUAGCCUGGAGACAAUUCAUCGAUGUCGAAUUGAAGCUUUUUAUAUGGACUCAGAUAAUAAAGAUUCAGCUCGUGCAUCACUUGAUUUUUAUUCAUCAUACGCACCAACCAAUCGUCUAGUUCAAGUUUCAACCAGCACUUCAGAACCUAAAGUGGGAGAAUAUAUUAUUUUCCAUGUGAGAUCAAAUUAUUUUGUUGACCGUUUCUCUUAUGCUAUUGUGUCCAAAGGAAUAAUAUUAACCACUGGACGUGAAGAAAUGCCAACAAAUAUUAAAACAUUCUCAGUGACCUUAUCCCCUGAAAUGGCUCCAUCAUCGACCAUCGUUAUUUACAAUAUUGCCCGAGGAGGUGAAGUAAUUUCUGAUGCUUUAACUUUCUCUGUCAACGGAAUAUCAAGAAAUAAUUUCACCAUAAGUUUAAACAAUCAGAAAGAUAAAUCCGGUGAUACGGUGGAAGUUGUAGUCUAUGGUCAACCCGGAACUUAUGUUGGAAUCGCUGCUACAGACAAAGAUGUCAACACUCUUGACGCUGGUAAUCAAAUUAAUCACGCGGAUGUGUUGCGAAAAAUGUCAACCUUUGACCAUCAAACAAAUAGCAGUUUGACCCAUGUUUGGGUUUCUCGUGAAGGAUCAGUUGAUAAAUUUAUUCAUUUUCCAUCACCGACCAUUGGAAUUGAUUCAAACAGAACUUUCGAGUAUGCGGGAUUAAUUGUGUUCACUGAUGCAAAUAUAACCAAACGACCGGAAACCUGUGGUCCUGGAGAGUAUCAAUGCCUCAGCGGUGAGGGAUGUUACCGUGAUUCUCAUAAAUGUGAUGGAUCCAAUAAAUGUUUCGACGGAACAGAUGAAAAUGGAUGGAUAACUAUUAACUGCCGUAGUCCAGUUGAAGAUCAUUAUGGAUUAACACAGUUCCGAAUCAAUAGAAAUAAUCGACUUUUAAGAAUUUAUGAAAAUUCUUGGCUUUGGAAGGAUAUUAACAUUGGAUCUCAUGGUUAUUAUACUUUCAAUGUUCCAGUGCCUCAAACACCAGCUAAAUGGUUGGUCACUGCUUUUGGAAUCAGUAAUUCACAAGGAUUCGGACUUCACCAGAAAACAAUUGAAUAUUCAAGUACUCGGCCAUUUUUUAUGAAUGUCGAGAUGCCUUCUCUUUGUACCAUUGGUGAACAAAUCGGUAUUCGAGUCAGUAUUUUCAACUACAUGGAAUCACCGAUUGAAGUAUUGGUCAUCCUUGGUAAAUCGAAAGAUUAUAAAUUCGUCCAUGUCGAAGCCUUUGGUUUCGUAUCUUCAUAUGCACCAAGAAUCUCAUCAGGGGAACAUCAGCAUUUAGUAUUUGUUCGACCUCAAAAAGCUACCACAGUUUACAUUCCAAUUGUUUCUCAACGAUUAGGUAAUAUCACUGUCACCAUAAUCGCUAAAACCCAAGUUGCCAAAUCGACAGUUCAAAAAGUUAUUAAAGUUGAAUCUGAUGGAAUCCCCCAGCAUUUACACACCGCUGCAGUUUUGGAUCUUUCUCAAGGAGCUCAAUUAAUUAAAUACCUUGAUACCAAUUUAACAGAUACUCCGAUUAUACCCUUGAGAAAUGAUCGUCGUUAUAUUUACGGAUCAACCAAAGCAACAGUUUCAAUUGUCGGUGAUGUAGUUGGACCAGUUUUCCCUUCAAUGCCAUUGACCACUGAAAAUUUACUUCGUAAACCUUAUGGGUGUGCAGAGCAAAAUAUGUACAACUUUGCGGCCAACAUGUACACUUUACUUUACCUUCGGUUAACAGGUCAAAAAAGUACCGAACUUGAGAAGCAAGCUUUCCGUUACCUUAACAUUCAAUAUCAACGGCAGUUAAGUUAUCAAAAUGAAGAUGGUUCAUUUCGAGCUUUCCGUUUUGACGAUAAACCAAGCGUUUGGUUGACCGCUUUCUGUGUACGAAUAUUUCACAAAGCUACAUUCCAAGAAUGGGAGAGUUACUUGUACAUUGAUCGAAAAAUAAUCGAAAAAGCAACCCAAUGGCUUCUAACCCAUCAAACCUCCGAAGGUGCUUUUUAUGAGACGGCAUUACACUCUUAUGACAGAAAGAUGAAUUCUUCGUCCAAAAUUCCCAUGGAUUCUAUUCGUUAUCGUAACAUAUCUUUAACUGCUCAUGUACUUAUCUCAUUGGCUCAAUUACGAGGUAUAAGUGGUCACCUUAGUCCACUUAUAUCGAAUGCUAAACAUGUGGCCACUCAGUAUUUAGAGAAAAUGCUUGCCGUUGUUAAAACACUCGAAGAUCCUUAUGAACUGUCCAUUGUUACUUAUGCUCUUAACUUGGUAAACUCUCCUGAAGCUGAAUCGGCAUUCAAUGAACUUGACAAUCGAAUGAGAGAAGUCAGUGGAAUGAGAUAUUGGAGUAAAUAUCCUUUACCGGCACCGAAAACAACGAUUGAAAAUAAUCGACCUUACCUGUUACCCAGACUUCCCCAUGAAUAUGAUUCCUUAAAUAUUGAGACUACAGCUUAUGGUUUAUUAACUCAUAUAAUUAAAACCGCUGUCAUUCAACGAGAAAUUGUUGAAUGGCUCAACACUAAUCGUCUUUACAAUGGUGGAUGGGCUUCAACUCAGGACAGUAUUAUAGCUUUACAAGCGUUGGUUGAAUAUUCAAUUCAAUCGAGAAUUCGAGAUAUAACCGAUAUUGAAGUUACCAUUGAAGCUCCAUCAUCACCCGAUUUUAGUGAACGAAUUGAGAUUAAUAGUAAAAAUCUUGCUCGACUUCAAUCAUUUGACAUACCUCGAGCUUAUGGUCCAGUAAUCAUCCGAGCAUCAGGCUCUGGUUUAGCGAUUAUUCAACUUGACGUUCAAUAUAAUGUUGAUUGGCCACAAUUUCAAAUUCCACCUCCAAUCAGAGCUUUUCAAUUAGAUGUAAAACUACGUAGCUUUGGACGAAACAAUUCACACAUCUCCUAUCGAGCAUGUUCUCAGUGGAUAUUAUCUGAGGAAAGUUCAUCAUCAGGAAUGGCCGUUCUAGACUUGACCAUUCCCACCGGUUACAUGAUUCAACAGCAAGAUCUUGAUGCUUAUGUUAAAUCAGGAAAAGUGAGAAAUUUAAAAGAAGCCAAAUACUCUGAGAGAAAGGCUCUUUUCUACUUUGAUUAUUUGGACUCUAAUCCAGUCUGUGUUACUUUCACUGCUCAACGUUGGUAUCCAGUUGCUAACAUGUCCCGAUUUAUACCUGCAAGAGUAUAUGAUUACUAUGCACCAGAACGUUACGAAGAGCUGAUGGUCAGUACUUAUGACCUUUACCGAUUAAGUAUAUGUCAUGUUUGUGGAUCGUAUCAAUGUCCAUAUUGUCCGAUAUUCAGUGGAGCCGAAGGAUUAAGAAACAAGAUUAACCUUGAAAUUAUGUUCUUGUCACUGAUAAUGUUAUUUUUCACAAAUCGACUGAUUAACUUUAAUCAUUUUCUAUCAGUAACUUAAAGGAUCAAUUUUUGAUUGUUCGCCAUGAAUUUCUUUUUUUUCCUGCUCUUCUCUUCACCUUAAUUAUAUUUAUAAGUUUAAUUGGUAAACUAAUUUCUAAACACCGGAAGCUCUUUCGCUCUAAUAUCAAUUCUACUUUUCUUUUUUUUUGUGAUUGAAAACUCAAAACCAAAAUGAUCAAUUCCUCCUUCUCAUCCUCCUCCUCCAACAAAAAAGACAAUCUUCUUCAUUUCUCUUUGAUUGGAAAUCAAUUUAAUUACUUUAUCAAUUCAAUCAAAUCGUCACAAUGUUUUUCAUGGUGAAAACUCAAGACAAAUUAUGUGCCUGGCAAACUAAUUCAACCAUGGGUCCUGUUUCCGUCAUUAUUAACCAUGGAUGAAGCCAAAGAUCUCGCUUUUUUUACUUCUCUCUCUCUCUCUCUCUCUCUCUCUCUCUCUCUCACCAGCCAAUUCCAAUUUCCACUUCCUUAUUUCCCACUCUGUCUCUCCUUCUCCCUCUAUCAUCACUAAUGUCACCAUCAUCAUCAUCAUUAUCAUCGUCACCAAUGUUGCCGUCGUAUUUUUUUGUUUAUUAACUUUUCCUUUUUUUUCUGAACAUAUAACUUUCCUUUUCUACUCAUCGUCAAUCCAAGCAAUCGUAUUAUCCUGAUCAACUGUCACAAUUAACGAUCGUGUCAACCAAUCAACCCCAACAUCAUCAUCAUCAUCACCUCAUCAAUUACCAAUCUGAAUGUUUUUUUUGUAUUAUUAUUAUUAUCUAAAAACAACAAACGACUUGGUUUAAAAUAAGCAUGUUAUUUAAUAAUAAAAAUCAAAUGUUCUUAAAGAGAAAAAAA